CUAUUCACACAGAGAGAAUGGCAACGCUUACGGUGCCUCAUCCAGUUCCUCCCGUAGGCGACGAUUGUGACCACUUACACAAAGCAUUUCAAGGGUGGGGAACUAAUGAAGAAGCAAUAAUCUCCAUAUUGGCGCAUAGGAAUACAAGCCAACGUAGUUUGAUUCGCCAAACUUAUGUUGAGACGUAUGGAGAAGACCUCUUGAAAGCACUAGACAGUGAACUUUCAAGUGACUUUGGGAGAGCAGUGCAUCUUUGGACACUGCAUCCUGCUGAGCGUGAUGCAUUGCUAGCUCAUGAAGCUGUAAGGAAGAACACGACGAAUGCUUAUUAUGUUUUGUUGGAGAUAGCUUGCGCAAGAAGUUCGCGUGAGCUGUUCCAAGCGAGGGAAAACUACCAUGCUCGGUUUAAGAAAUCUCUGGAGGAAGAUGUUGCAUAUCACACCACUGGCGAUUUUCGCAAGCUUUUGGUGCCUCUUGUGAGUGCAUUCAGAUAUGAUGGAGCAGAGGUCAACAUGGCACUUGCUAAUUCUGAGGCUAAAAUACUGCAUGAGAAAAUCUGUGAGAAGGCUUAUAAAGAUGAGGAGAUCAUUAGGAUUCUCACAACCAGAAGCAAGGCACAACUCAAUGCAACACUUAACCACUAUAAAGAUCAGUUUGGUAAUGAUAUCAAUAAGGACUUGAAGACAGAUCCAAAGGAAGACUACCUAGCAUUGUUAAGAAGCACCAUAAAAUGCCUGAUUUGUCCUGAGAAAUACUUUGAGAAAGUUGUUCGUUUCUCUGUCAAAGGCCUUGGAACUGAUGAGGAGGCUCUUACAAGAGUGAUUGUGAGUCGAGCUGAGGUUGACAUGAAACGAGUCAUGGAACAUUACUACAAAAGAAACAGUGUCCCACUUGAGACUGAUAUAAAGGGUGACACAUCGGGAGACUAUGAAGGCAUGCUGCUUGCCUUGAUUGGUCAUCACAAUGCCUGAGCUACUUACUUUCCAUUGUUCAUGUGUUUUUUUUGGGUUUUUCAUUCUAAUAAAAUAAGUGAUUAUGAAACUCUCUCAAUUCUGAAAAAUAAUAUCCUUAAUGUACACCCCUCUUUGUACUUAGAUUUCACGACACUUAAAACAGUUUGUCAUUUGGAAAACACCAGAGGAGUCUGUAUUAUCAAAGCAAAGAUAAAAUGGUCCACUUUUCCCCUUAUAAGUGAGGAAAGGAAAAAGAAAAGUACAUCUUCGAUUUGGCUUCACUGUGUAUCAUAAUUACUAUGUUGUAAUAAUAAAUUUGAGCACAC